AUGAAGUCGGUCCAGUUGUGCUUUCUUUUCUGUUGCUGGAAAGCAAUGUGCUGCAACGGCUGUGAGCUGACCAACAUCACCAUCACAGUGGAGAAGGAAGAAUGCCGCUUCUGCCUUAGCAUCAAUACCACCUGGUGUGCGGGCUACUGCUACACCCGGGAUCUGGUGUACAAGGACCCAACCAGGCGCAAUAUGCAAAAAGUAUGUACCUUCAAGGAACUGGCGUAUGAGACGGUGAGAGUGCCUGGCUGUGCUCACCAUGCAGACUCCGUGUACACAUACCUAGUAGCCACUGAAUGUCACUGCGGCAAGUGUAACAGAGACAAUACUGACUGCACCGUGCAAGGCCUGGGGCCCAGCUACUGCUCCUUCAGCAAAAUAAACGAAUAA